GAACUUUAGGCGCGCAGUUGCUUCGCAUUUGAAAACGAGCGUACAAAAUGGCGUCGAGCAAAUCACCGUUGCCUCCUCGACCGGUCAGUGUACCAUUGCUGAGCAGAUCGCUUUGUUACGAUUCCCUUACUUUAAAGCAUGGUGCAGCAAAGGCUAGAGCUUCUCAGGGUUUAAAUAUGUCUUUAAGCCGAUCUCUUCGUGGAUGUUUACUACCAGAGUCUGGUGCUUUUGGUACGGCAGGUUACCCCUCACCUCUAGAUCGCAUCCGGGGGUGCCGGGAGAGGGCAAAGGAAUUAGGAUUGACAUCUAAACUACAAGAUUCUCUAGACUUGAAUGCAACAUUUCCCAAAAUGCACAAACCGAAAGUAAUCAAGGAAGAAAUGGAAGUUGAGACUAGCAGUAAACCAACAUUAAACCAAAUUGCAGGAGAUUCUCUGCACAGCUUCAGCUACUCUCCUGGUCAUUGCCGGGGAACCUUUGCCACCCCUCUACAUGACCCCGCCCUUCUUGGUGCUUCCUGGCAGUUCUACAAUUUUGUUGGUGGUGCUGCAACUGGAAAUGUUUUCCCCACUACUGUCAGAAACCCUAAUAAAGCAAUUGUUACCAUCAAUGCCAGGACAUCUGAGAUUCUGAUGGCCAAUGACAUGGCUGUUGACCUGUUCAGCUACCCUAGGGAUAAGUUGAUUGGCAUGAAGAUGUCAUCGUUGUUCACAGACACCCACCGGGAGAAGCAGGAGGCUCUCGUUGAGCAGCAUAUUGAAGGAAGCGGAGCUGUCGUUGUUGUGUCAGGAAAAGUGAUGGAGGUGAUGGACGGAUGUGGGAUUGUAUUUCCUGUAUCCAUGUGGAUGAAGAAACUGACCUGGGAGGAGGAACCAAGAUGCAUUGCAGUAAUGGAGCCGGUGGAGAGAAGGACGGCUCUGGUGCUCUUCAAUUCAGAGGGUACCAUACUGGACUGUGAUAAUGACCUUGCCCAGCUUCAUGGAUUUGUGGAUGCAGAGGAUAUCAAAGGAAAGAACCUGAAAUCUUUUAUUCCAUCCCUGCUCCUUCCAUCAGGCAAGAAUCUUGACAAGAGUAUUGGAAAGCAGCGAGCUACUGGCCGAACCAAAGAUGGCUGUAAUUUCCCGCUGACUAUCGUGAUCAAGCCUAAGACAAGCCAGGAACUUCAGCAGGCUGGCUGGACCAUCCCAGAUGGCACUAUCGCCUACAAAGGCCUGGUUUGGGUGUUUGCUAAUAUCAGUGGUCUAAUAAGCUUCACUCCUAAUGGCAUCAUACAGACGUGCAAUAAUAACUUCUCGCUGAUGCUGUUUGGCUAUCAUGAGAGUGAGCUUAUUGGAAAGCACAUCACCUCCAUCCUACCAGACUUCUACGAAGACAUGGAUGUCAUCGAUGACAGUAGCAUUCCCCUACCACCGUUUGAUUAUGAUGACGAGGAUGGUGUUAUCCAUUAUAUUGAUGGCAUAGAGCCGAGAUCCCAUGGGGGUAGUGGUCAGGCAGGCUCUGCUGAUUCACGAGGUGCUGUUGUUGCGUCAGGUCUAUCACACAUCCCAGACCUCUCCACACAAGCAAUGAUGGGUGACAGUUCUCAUAUGACACGCAGUAAUAGUUUUCCUGAUCUAAGUGGGCUGAAUCAGUCAGCAAGUUCUGCUGACACGUCGAACCUCGGGCUCAGCCAAUCCGACUCGUCUGCAGCCAGCUUCAAUACCACUAAAAGCAUGUCUCCGCGGUGGUCCGCGGGGGCCGCUUUUCGACCGGUAGUCCCCACAGACCUCCCAGACGGCCUUCACAAGUCCGACCACGAGACCAUGGAUACGCCUAAUGAUGACAGCUACCAAUCAAACGUCCCCAUGACGAUAUCCGAGGACAGCGGUAUCUGCGACAGUAACAGCAAUAGCGGGAAGCCUGUGUGUUCUACCUCUUGCUGUGGGGCAUUCCCGCUGGCCAUGUCGAGCCCGCAGGGUGAUAUGGCUUCAUUGCGGAGCAAGGGUGGGACAGUACACACUUCCACAGAGAGCUCGUCUUCGUUGCAGAUUGGUCUUAGCGGACUGAUGUUGCAAGAUUCAGGCGACAAUGGCGUAUCUUCCACGGACGUCUCAACCAUCAAUUCGUCGAACCGAAGCAGCUCCCAUUGCAACAGCAGCCAACUCGCACCUAUGACUCCACCGAGAAACCCCUUCAGCCCUGAGAUGCUCACGUCCACCCCGAAUAUCGUGACGUCGGCACAUGAGACCGAGGUUGAGGGACACCAGCAGCCGAUUUGCGAGGGCAGCUUUGCGGGUAGAGGCCGACACAAGAAUGGCACGUCGCUAGGCGUCAUUUUCCAGAUCAAGCGGAUCGAGCUGAACGAUGGCCGCAUGCUUUUCUGUGCAUGGAUAUCGCGUGACCCGGAAGAGGAAGGCGAGGGCGGAAGAUCUACAGCAGCUUACAGCUUAGCGGCUAGCUUUAGCAGCGUCCUUGGGAACUCCUUUGCAAAUACUAACGAGAUAUCUCAACUGUCGUCAGAGCUGCAAGCCGUCCCCGAAGCAGAGCCUUCUCCAGGAAGAGGCGAAUACGAUGAGAAGUACCUGACCCUAAAGUCCAUCGGAAAAGGGGCGUUCGGCUUUGUACAAAUGGCGCGCAGACGUGCCGAUAUGACAGAGGUCGUUGUGAAGUUCAUCCGUAAAGCGAAGAUCCUGCCAGAUUGCUGGGUUGAGGGACCCAUGGGAAACGUUCCUCUAGAAAUAGCGCUCCUUGCCAAGUUAAAACACCCUAAUAUUGUUAAGAUGCUUGACGCAUUCGAGAACGAGGAGUUCUUCCAGGUAGUCAUGGAGAAACACGGAACAGGCAUGGACCUGUUUGAGUUCAUCGACAGGCAACCGGCGCUGGACGAACCACUUUGUGCUUACAUCUUUAGACAGUUGGUAUCUGCGAUAUCUUUUCUCCACAACCAGAACAUACUUCACAGAGAUGUCAAGGAUGAAAAUAUAAUUCUGGAUGAAAAGUUCAACAUCAAGCUGAUCGACUUCGGCUCGGCAGCUUACAUGGAGGAAGGCAAGGUCUUCUCGACUUUCUGCGGUACUAUGGAGUACUGCAGCCCGGAGGUGCUCAUGGGAAAUAAGUAUCGUGGGCCAGAGCUGGAGUUAUGGUCGAUGGGAGUCACGCUAUACACCCUGGUGUUCGGUGAGAACCCCUUUUAUGAUGUGGAGGAGACGAUACGAGCAGAGCUGCACCCUAGCUUCCCCGUCUCGCAAGAGCUGAUGUUUGUCAUAUGCUGGAUUCUUCAUCCUGAUCCAAGAUGGCGAGCUACCAUCCGGGACCUUGAGCAGAACGAGUGGAUCAACCAACCGGUCCAGAUCAGCGCCUAUGACUUCAACACCGUCAUGGCAACUGAUGGCGUGAGUCCUAAUUUCCCAAGCCCCCCAGAGGAGCAUCCCCCGGGCGACUUUGAGAAAGCUGACGACGAAGAUUUCUCGGAGGAUGAGAUCAUCGAUUACGACCAAGAGGACAUGCGGCUACUCCAGUCCACUAUGCAGCAGUACCUUAAAGGCGGAGACCAUAGCGACGACGAGAAAUGAGAUCGGUCAGCGAGGGUACUAUAGCCCAUGUGCACUGUCCAGUACACCACGAAACAGUUUCUGAAGUGAGAAAUGAGAUUGGUCAGCGGGGGUACACAAUGAAACAAUAUCUGAAGUGAGAAAUAAGAUGGGUCAGCGGGGAAACCCGGAAACACAUGCGCCGUAGUCAGCCAUGCAACAAAAUUUUAAGGGCGGAUACCAGCGGGAGAACCAAGAAUACAUGCGCGCAGUUAGUCUGUACAGCUCACCAUCCAACAAUAACCAUUCAAGGGUAUCCAUUAUGGCAGACUUAGAAAAAGUUUUAAAUGUAAAUUAAUUGUAUUAAUUAUAUCACUGUAAGAGUGAAAGCACUCUCAAAAACCUAGGGGUUUUCUGUCUUAGCGCUUAUAGAAAAAAUCCUGGAUGAAUUGACAGUUUUACACCAUCAGUACUUCGACAAACCCAGGGUUUUUCUGUUUUACUGCUUAAAAAAAAUUCCUGGGUUUCAAGGAUAAGGGGUUAGUUUUACCCCAUAUUGACUUCAACUUAUCAGAAAGUCGAUUAUAAAUCAGAAGAGAUAUUAUUCUAAUUCCUUGCGAGCAGAGGUCUCGUUUCUCUUGUUUCCACAGUGACGCCUACCAAGCGAAAUACACCUCUUUUAAUCGGUAACUAUCCAAAGAUGAUAACUAAUAUAUUUAACAAAGAGAUGUAAUUUUAUUUUACAUUUUGGACCUGGCUAAACUAGAAUUGACAUAAUUCCUAGAUUCGCCAAGCCUUAUAAUAUUGAGUGAUAAUUUUAAGAGUUUCCAGAUAUUCCAUGUAGGAAAAUGUAGGGAGAUAUUCCCCAUUUUUGCUAGAUUCGACAUUCUUCCUGAAAUGUUUAAACAAGAGAAGUUACAUGUGACUUAUUUAUUAGAGUCGUAGCUAGCAAUUGUAACAAGAAUUUCUGUUUUGCCACUAGAAAAUUUGAAAUAGUCACAAAUUAACAACUAGACACAGUAAUACCUCAACUGUUUCCGACAUUAACCCAAUAUGCUCAUUUAACCAACUUGAAAUUUUACAUAAGGAUACUUUGUAUGCCUUUUUGCCAAUAAAGAGGAUCCCCUUAACUCGAAAAUUUAAAAUAAACGAAAAACAGCGCGAUAUAUCGGGGAGUUCGAGACCCGAGUUCAAAUUAUCGGUGUUCCAUUGUGCUAGAAGCCAAACAGCACGAUUUUAAAGUAGUUUUGUGAGCGGUUGUUUCCAUCCGUUUCCUUGACUCUUAUAGGCGCGUCCUGUAUCUGACUCUGUCAGGAGAACCCCGAUAAUGCGAACUGACAUCCAGUUCCCUGUGACUACUUGCAUCAUUUUCACUCGGUUCGAAAUGCGAGAGAAGAAAGGCGCACGCAAGGACGAGGUUCUCGGGUAAAUGGUUCGCAAUUUUGCGUUUUUAGAAAGGUUCACGGGCUUAGCUUUUUUCUUACUUGAAAAUUGAAGGCUUAAGCUUUAAGAAGCUUCGCGACCAAGGCACUUUUGACACCGUGUUUUUGUUGUCUAUCUGAGAGCCUCGCCUUCAUGUGCCCACCCCACUCUCACACUUAUCGAGCCAUCACAAAAUCUAUUUUUCCAUCUUCCUUGGAGGGUGCAUUUUGUCCAGGUCCCAGUCUUUAUGUAAUGUCAUUCAGAAUUUUAAUGAAAGAGAUCUGGGUCUCUAUUUUAGUUCUUGUAUAUAGAUUUUAAGCAUCAAAUGAUGCAGAAUUAAAUCCAGGAAAAUGA